ACCCGCCUAGAGCCACGCAGAGUCAGCGGCAAGGCUUGGGACAGACGCCAGCUCUCCGAUUCCCAGCCCUGGGCCUUGCCACCCCGUCCUCUUCGUCCCAUUCGGGGGAAAGGAGCAACAAUUCAGAUUCUCUCCACAUGAACUCAUCCACACCGCCCUGUGCCCGAUUCCUAUGAAACCACUUCACCACACAGGCGGUACGCACUAUCCGCAGGCAAACAGCGCCCCACACUCAAAUAACCACACAGGUGGUACCCACUAUCCACAGGCUAACACCACCCCACACCUGAAACACCACACAGGCGGUAUGCCCUAUCUGCAAGCUAGCACCGCCCGACACCCAAUUCACCACACAGGCGGUAUGCACUAUCUGCAAGCUAGCACCGCCCGACACCCAAUUCACCACACAGGCGGUAUGCACUAUCUGCAAGCUAGCACCGCCCGACACCCAAUUCACCACACAGGCGGUAUGCACUAUCUGCAAGCUAGCACCGCCCGACACCCAAUUCACCACACAGGCGGUAUGCACUAUCUGCAAGCUAGCACCGCCCGACACCCAAUUCACCACACAGGCGGUAUGCACUAUCUGCAAGCUAGCACCGCCCGACACCCAAUUCACCACACAGGCGGUAUGCACUAUCUGCAAGCUAGCACCGCCCGACACCCAAUUCACCACACAGGCGGUAUGCACUAUCUGCAAGCUAGCACCGCCCGACACCCAAUUCACCACACAGGCGGUAUGCACUAUCUGCAAGCUAGCACCGCCCGACACCCAAUUCACCACACAGGCGGUAUGCACUAUCUGCAAGCUAGCACCGCCCGACACCCAAUUCACCACACAGGCGGUAUGCACUAUCUGCAAGCUAGCACCGCCCGACACCCAAUUCACCACACAGGCGGUAUGCACUAUCUGCAAGCUAGCACCGCCCGACACCCAAUUCACCACACAGGCGGUAUGCACUAUCUGCAAGCUAGCACCGCCCGACACCCAAUUCACCACACAGGCGGUAUGCACUAUCUGCAAGCUAGCACCGCCCGACACCCAAUUCACCACACAGGCGGUACGCACUAUCCACAGGCUAACACCACCCCACACCUGAAACACCACACAGGCGGUAUGCACUAUCUGCAAGCUAGCACCGCCCGACACCCAAUUCACCACACAGGCAGUACGCACUAUGCACAGGCUAACACCGCCCCACACUCGAAUCACCACACAGGCGGUAUGCACUAUCCGCAAGCUAGCACCGCCCGACACCCAAUUCACCACACAGGCGGUACGCACUAUCCACAGGCUAACACCACCCCACACCUGAAACACCACACAGGCGGUAUGCACUAUCUGCAAGCUAGCACCGCCCGACACCCAAUUCACCACACAGGCAGUACGCACUAUGCACAGGCUAACACCGCCCCACACUCGAAUCACCACACAGGCGGUAUGCACUAUCCGCAAGCUAGCACCGCCCUACACCCAAUUCACCACACAGGCGAUACGCACUAUCCACAGGCUAACACCCCACCGCAAGCCAUAAGGGCACAAACAUGCACCAAUUGUCACCUUCUUGCCUGCACGACUUGAAUGGAUUCCGGGUCGAAGGCCAGUUGGAAUGGCUGGACGGGCCGUGCCCCAAUGACAGGGACAGUUUCGUGACUUAGUAGGUGCUAAUGUCCAGGGCACACCAGAGCUACGCCCAUCUACAGUCCCAUCCCAAGAACCAAUGCCGCCAGCCCAUGCAUUACACAAGAGACAAAGCCACCACCAAAAAUCGAUGACUCGGGCCUAAGCAGCGUAACUCAUGCCUACUCUCUUAAAAACAGGUGUUUUCCCCCUGUAUCUUCUGGUUUCUCAGCCUGCCAGGCUGCACUGGAGAGGGGUGCGUAACCGUCUCCCGUAUCCCGGAAAGCUAGAAGCUUUAAUAAGUACAAAUACCCAGAGACCAGGGAUAUAAAACUGUAUAAAACCAGGAACCG